AUGGUUACGACCACCCUGCCAGUUCUCAGUACUGUCUUGCUGGUUAUGGCAUUGGCUGUGGGUCUCCUGGCUCAUUACAUAAUACCACAGCUACGAAAACAUCAUCCAUGGCUAUGGAUUGCACAACCACUGCUGCAAAAUAAAGAAUACAGACAGAGAGAAAUCACUGAUGCUGCCCAGUUAAUGUGGUUUGAAAAGCUUUAUAUUUGGCUUGUCUGUUUUGAAAAAUAUAUCUUAUACCCAUCAAUCAUUUUAAAUGCAGUUACUACUGAAGCCUUAUCAAUCAGUGGCUUCAAACGGUUUGGAAAACAAUUUGAUGCUUUUAUGAUAGCAGUAUCUGGAAUGAAGCUACUGCGCUCAGUUUUUUGUAAUCCUUCACAGCAAUAUAUCACAUUAGGAUUCACAGUUAUAUUUUUUCAAUUUGAUUACGGUUCUAUUUCGGAAAGUUUUUUAUUGGAUUUUUAUGUUAUUUCUAUUAUAUUUUACAAGAUUUGUGACCUUCUUCAAAAACUACAAUAUGUCUUAACAUAUAUUGCACCAUGGCAAAUAGCUUGGGGAUCGUCAUUUCAUGUGUUUGCCCAGUUUUUUGCUGUACCACAUUCAGGAAUUAUUUUAUUUCAAACACUUACAACAUCAAUAUUGUCCUGUCCCUUGAGUCCAUUUCUUGGAAGUGUAGUUUUUAUUGCUUCAUAUGCAAGACCAAUAAAAUUUUGGGAGAAAAUUAACAGCACUAAAAGACUUGACAAUACGAACACAAGACUUCAGCAUCAACUUGAAAAAGAUCCAGGAAAUUAUAUUGAUAAUUUGAGUUCAAUUUUCUAUGAGCAUCUUGCAAGAUCACUGCAGCAUUCUUUGUGCGGAGAUUUAACAUUAGGAAGAUGGGGCAACUAUUCUUCGGGUGACUGUUUUAUUCUAACUUCAGACUAUUUAAAUGCAUUUGUCCACUUGAUUGAAACUGGAAAUGGAUUUGUUACAUUUCAGCUAAGAGGACUCGAAUUUAAAGGAACAUACUGUCACCAAAGAGAGGUGGAAGCAAUUACUGAAGGUGAUGAGGACAACACUGGAUGCUGCUGUUUCCAAACUGGUCAUUUGCCACACGUUCUGUCAUGUAAUGCUGCUUUCAAUCUGAGAUGGCUAACAUGGGAAAUAACACGAAGCCAAUACAUUCUUGAAGGUUAUAGUGUAAUAUAUAGUAAUGCAUCAAGUCUUUUCCAGGUGUUUGACCUUCGCAAAAUCCUCAUCAAAUAUUUUGUAAAGAGCAUAAUAUACUUUACAGUAAAAUCACCAAAGCUAUUUUACUGGCUCAGAGAUGAAUCAAUGCAAAACGCAUUACAGCCAUACACAAGGUGGAAUCAUGUUGAAUAUGAUCUGGCAAUUUUCAACAUCAAUGUGGAUGAAGACUACGUUCCAUGCUUGCAGGGUAUUACAAGAGCCAGCUUCUGUGGUGUUCAUCUGGACUGGAUUCAGUACUGUGCUAAAAGGGAAACUAAGAAAUUAGGCACUGACGAAGACUCUUUUUUGGUAACACUUUCCUUUGGACUGUGUAUUUUGGGUAGAAAGCUUCUUGCAGCAGCAACACAUCACAUACCUUUCAGUUUGGAUGCAUUUCUUCAUGGACUACAUUCCUUAUUUAAGGGACAUUAUCAAAUAUCCAGAGAAGAAGAAUGGGUCUUUGCAGACAUGGACUUAUUACACACUAUUGUUUCUCCAGCAAUUCGAAUGGCCUUAAAACUGCAUCAGAGUCAGUUUGCUUGUCCAGAAGAGUAUGAGGAUCCUUGUGCACUUUAUGAAGCAAUCAAGACGUUUGGGGAAAAGAUUGUAAUUUGUGAUGAAGAAGAUCCUGCAUGGAGGUCUGCUAUUUUGUCUAACGAGAAUGAACUGCUGACUUUAAGGCAUGUUGUUGAAGAUGGAAAUGAUGAUUACAGUGUCAUAAUGCUUCACAAAAGCUACCUUAAUUUCAAAGUUAUCAAGGUAAACAAGGAAUGUGUAAGAGGACUUUGGGCUGGACAACAACAAGAACUGAUCUUUCUUCGGAAUCUGGAUCAUGAAAGAGGAAGCAUUCAAAACAACAAACAUGUUUUAAGAAAUUUAAUCAACUCCUCCUGUAAUCAGCCUCUGGGUUAUCCCAUAUAUGUAUCUCCACUGACUACAUCUUACCUAGGGACACACAAUCAACUCAAGAAAUUAUUGGGUGGACCUGUUAAUUUUGAUAUUAUUACUUCAUGGUUUCAAACAAAGUGGCUUACGAUAUCUAUUGUUGCUGAUGCCACCUUGCGACUUAUUGGACACUCUCUUAUAUCUGUGGAGACUAUGCCUUUAUGGGGGGUUCCUGGACUACAGUUUACAGUCACAGUAUCGGAAAAUGAAUUACAAUUUCUUGAUGUUAGGGUACACAUCAUUGAUGGUGUUAUGCAUACAGAUAUCUAUCAAAAGCCGACAGAUAGAAACAAUGUAUUGGUUUACAAUAGCUAUCAUCCGCGACAUAUGGUUGACUCCUUACCAUGGAGUCAACUGUUGAGAGUUAGAAGAAUUGUUUCACAAGAAGGGAACUUCUCCAAGAGAGUUGAUGAAAUGUGCAACAAGUUUGUUGAUCGAGGUUACCCUAGACAGCUGUUAUUGAAAACAAAGAAAAGGAUCAUGGGAAUUGAUAGGGAGUCCACGCUCAUUGAGGUAUCUGGCGACAGGACUAUGGAAAGGAUUCCUUUUGUUUCCAUUUUUGGACAGGACAGUGGUGUGAUUGCCAACAUCCUUAGAAAGGAAUGGCAUAUUUUACAGCGGGAGUUACCCGAGAUUAAGGAAUUUUCUGUCCCUCCAAUCAUGGCUUACAAAAGGAAUGCCAAUUUACGGGAUAAACUGGUGAAAUGUGAUGUUGGUGGUCCAAAGGUGGAUCGGCAAUUAUAUCUGGCUCCUAAAAAGAAUGACUACAAUGAAGGUGAGAGAAAGUAUCAACAAACACAAGAGUACAAUAAGGAAAGGAUGAAAAAAGAUUAUGACAGAAGCCAUAAUGACGGAACCAUUAAUGAAGAAGCUGACUGUAAUGGUGACUUGUCAUCAGUAACCAUCAACUCGGAAAGCAAUAACAGAAAAAGAAAAUAUAGGAGUCAGUCAGCCUAUACACAUUCUUCCUUAAACCACAUACAUGUUCUUUCAAGUCCCUCUGGACCAAACAUGGGUAAAUGUCAUCCUACCUGUACAGAUGAUUAUAAAGAUGUCAAAAGAUUAUCUUCUAGCCAUCACUGCUUAACAAAUUCUUCUCGCUUCCAUUACCCUCCCACUGCUGUUUCUCCUGCAUCGAUAGCGAGGAGUAGUUGUGAACAACCAAGAGAGUUUCAUCAGUCUGGGCAAACAUCAUCUACCAACUCUACAUUGAGUCUUCUGUUUGGAAAGAAAGGAUUUUCAAGUGCAUUAGUUUUGUCUGGCCUUUCUGCUGCUGAUGGAGAUAAUACAGCUGAUACACUAUCCUCGAGUAGUGUUAAUAUAGUAGUGUGCUCAGAUUCUAAAGUGGCAAAUCAAUCUACAGAGGGUCUUGUUAAACCUCUCGACCAACCCGUCUGUCUGGGGGUGAUACACCGAGGUACGUAUCUGGCUGAUUUUGAACAACUUGCACAACUCUUUGAUGACCUUCGACAUAAAGUGGGUACCCUGGUCUGUGAGAAUUUCUUUAGGGAUCCCAGUGCAGGGGAACAUGAAAAAUAA